CUCGAACUGACUCCUACUCUCGGAAUAGUAUACCCUCCCGGACUUCACCGCUCCGAACCUAACGACCUUCGACAACGUGAACUGCUCAGCACAGACCAUUCCCGUCCCGCCAGGAAAAUAUCACUCCUUCAACUGGCUCGGCGCGACGGACGGGGGUGCAACCAUCAAUGGGCAGUUCUAUGCGAUUUAUGAGGACGGGACGAAUGAAACGUUAGGGUUCGUGGUGGCGCCGUGGUGGCUUGCGAACCCGUCAGAUGGGCCCGUUAGUGCGCCGUAUUUGAAUGAGGGAUUGAGUAACGGGACGACUUACAAGAAUUAUAAUGCUACGAGGAUGUUCAGCUUUCAACAUCAUUUGGACAAUGCGAAGACGCUUACAAGCAUUAUACUCGCGAACGAGACUGGUUCGUCCGAGACAACGGGGGUCAUCAGCAUCCAUAUGUUCUCCAUGACGCUCGUCGCAGUGGAUACAGAUGCGACCACAGAAUGUGGACCGGUGUUGAACGUCCAGAACGUCCGGAGUACUACAAAGUUUCGCACCCUCAACGAGACACAGGUCCAGCUCAUGGAGAUCACCCUGAACAACUUCGCUCCAUCCACAGCCGACCCAUCUUCCUGGAUCACCAAACCCACAACCUUCACACUCUCCUCGUCCUCCAUUCGGACUGUCCUACCGGGAACAGUGCAGCGUCUCCGUGGUGGCGACCAAGUCCGCGUCAUUGUUGGGGUGUUGAACACAAAUAAUGUCACGGCCGGGACUCUGGUCGAUGAUGUCGUGGUUCUUGUGGAUGGAAAGCAGGUCGGUGGAAAGUGGAGCGUUACUGCAGGAAUUCCGGAUUAUGUGGAGGGUGACGAGAGUUUGAUGACGCAUGAGAGCCCGGAAUGGUUUGAUGGAGCGAAGUUCGGCCUCUUCGUCCACUGGGGUAUAUACUCGGUCCCAUCGUGGACCGUCUCCGGCACGCAAUACGCCGAGUGGUACUGGUACUGGCAACACAACCCGGCUAACUCAUCCUCCGCGGUGUGGACGCACCAUAAGGAAGUCUAUGGCGAGGACUUCUUAUACGAUGAUUUCUUCCCGAAUUUUACGGCGAGCGCGUUUGAUGCGAAGGAGUUUGUGAAGUUUGUGGCGGAUAUCGGGGCGAAAUAUUAUGUUUUGACUACGAAGCAUCACGAUGGGUUCGCGCUGUUCGAUACCGGGAAUUCGUCAAAUCGCAAUUCACUCAACUACGGCCCCCAACGUGAUCUCGUGGCCGAGAUCGUCGCUGCAGCCAAAGAAACCCAACCUCAACUACACAAUGGGCUUUACUUCUCCCUACCAGAAUGGUUUAAUCCGUCCAACGCAUACAACUGGUCCGCUCCACUAGAACUAUACACUGGCUACGUCGAAGUCGACGACUUCCUCGUCGAUAUCAUGAAGCCGCAAAUGGAGGCGUUGUUCUAUAAUUAUGAUGCGGAUAUCCUAUGGUGCGAUGUUGGUGGCCCGACGAUAUUCCAGGAAAUUGCUCCUGCGUGGUUCAACACUGCGAAGGAGGCAGGAAGGCAGGUGACUUAUAAUGCGCGGUGCGGGGCAAAUUAUUCGGACUUCGAUGUACGUGCCAUUUCUAUACCGGGUUCUUACUGUAUUGACGCCGACAGAACCCUGAAUACUCAGCUGCGCAAGUGGGAAUCCAGCGAAGGUUCUGACCCGUACUCUUAUGGCUUCAACCAAGAUACUCCAUGGUCAAAUUACCAGAACUCUAGCUACAUCCUUCACUCGCUCAUCGACAUUGUCUCGAAAAAUGGGAAUUACUUGAUCGAUAUCGGUCCGAUGGCGAACGUAGGGACGAUCGUAGAGCCUUCGGUGACUUCCUUACUUGAAGUUGGCCAGUGGUUGCAGAUUGCAGGCGACGCGAUCUACGAUACGCAAUAUUGGUUUGUUGCUGCGGAAGAUGAUGCGUCUGACCUGCGUUUCACUACCAAAUCUGAUGCCUUUUACAUCAUCUCUCUCGAAUACCCUACCAACGGGACAAUUCGAACUUCCCUCCCACUUCCCGUCAAGAACGGCGACAUCGUCACUUUCCUCGGAAAUACGACCACGACCACGACUUCCUCCAACUCGACUACCAUCACUGGGCGUGGAGAGGAAAAGGCAGGAGUGGAAUGGCACUGGACAGACGAGGGCGUGUUUGAGCUGUUCGUGGAUGAGGAGGCGUUGAAGAAGGUUGCGAAUGCGUGGGCUUUCAAGAUUGAGUAUAAAUGGUGA